UCGGUAGUGAGGACCAUUCUACUACCAAUGUUUGUCUAUGGAGAUUGCAUGGCUGUGUGCUCGAUUUUUUUAUACACCUGUCAGCAACGGGUGUGGCUGAAAUAGCCGAAUCCACUCACUCUGCUUUAUACUGUCUUACGGGCCCUGGUCUAUGGACCCUAAUACACUCAUUUGAAGUGGUGUCCACAUACUUUUGUAUAUAUAGUGUAUAUAUAAAUCACACGACCAUGUGUGACAAUAAAAUUUAAAAAAGAAAUGUACACGUUGAGGCACGUUCAACAAGUUGUUCCUUUGGUUAAUUUAUGGCCUUUAUCACCCCUCAUUCGUGUGUGUCUCUCUGUAUUUGUGUGUGUAAGGAUAAAAAUAGGGACUCAGUCAGAAAGUCUUGGAGCAACCUCUCCAUGCCUCUGACCACGCCCCCUCUGACCACACCCCCUCUGGCCACACCCCCUCUGACCACACCCACUGCCAACAUGUCCCGGUCGCCACAGAAACAGCAGAGUGGAGUGACAGCGCCCUCGCCUGGCAGACCACCCCAGAGAGAGAAGCCGUCCCCUCGCCCCUCCACCCCCAAGCAGCUGUGGUCUUCCAGUGGGGGGGAUGUGGGGAACCUCAGGCCCAGUAGGACGGUGCCAGAGGGCCUGUCCUUGUGUCUGAUUGGACCGCAGUCAGCAGGAGGACCUGAGGGAGACCACGGGGGUCUGACCCCCUCCCAGCCCCACCCUCAGACCCUGGGCCAAUCCAGAGCCAGCCCAAACACAGAGUGUGUGGGCAGUCCCACAGCCCAAAGGCCUACAGCUGUCACCACAGACGCAGAGGACGCAGUUCGAAUCCUGGCAGAGAAACGUAGACAAGCCCGGGAACAGAGGGAGAGAGAAGAGGAACAGAGGGAGAGAGAGGAGGAAGAGAGGCAGGUGAAGGAGAAGAUAAGGAGGGAGGAAGACGAGAGACGAGAGGUGGAGGAGAGACGGCAGAAACAGAGAGAGGAGGAGAGUCGUAAGAAGGAGGAGGCAGAGCGAGUGAGGACGGAGAGAGAAACACUUUGA